GUCACUCGAGCGACUCGAUUUGAAUCUCUUGCUUACUUUACUUUUCUACACCUAAGUAAUUAAUUGUGUGUAGAAGUCAGUUCUACGAGGCUGUUUAUGGAUAACGUGGAAUCUGAGCCUGUGAGCGGCAAGUUUACUUUCCGCGGUUUGGACUACCUUGUCACCGUACAAGUCGUUCCGUGCGACGACGGUUCUGAGCAGCAGCUGUUGGUUGUCGACGUAGAGGACAAGACUACUGCUGAACAGUGGAGAGGAGAAUUCCAACCAUUAUACAUCAAAGAACUUACACAGAAGACAGGAAAUUUUAAGCAGUUUCAUGUAUUUGUGGAUAUGCUUAAAUCUGUUGUUACCAAGACUAGCUCUUCGGUAUCUUUGGAUCUCAUGACAUUUUCUGAUUUGGAGCAGCUAAGGAGCCAUCAAGGUCAUAAGUCUAGACAGCCCGUAUCAAAGCCAGUACCGCAUGUAGCAAACAAGCGUUAUCUUAUUCUAACGUACACGGUUGAGUUUGACAGAGUACACUACCCAUUGCCACUGCCAUAUAUUGGAAAGCCGGAUCCUGCAGUGCAGCAAACAACCAUAAGGAAAUUACGAAGUGAGUUAGCAAAUCUGAAACGACAGUUGUCUCGAAAUCAUCGACGUUCAGAGUAUAGCCAUCUGCAAGCGUCGUAUGAUGAACUUUUGCGAGAGAAAGAAGAGUUAGAAGCAGCAUAUGGGAAGUUUCAGCUUGAAGUAAAACACAGUCAAACAGGGAAUGCCACGAAGGAAAUCCGUGUUCUAAAGAAAGUAAUUCAUAAUUUGGAGGCUGAUCUACUAAAAGAGAGAAGUCAACACCAGCGGUCAUCAAGGAAGAAGAUGGAUGAAAACAGAUCAUUAUUGCAAGAGCUGGAAGAACUCAGGACUUCUGAACGUAAUUUGAGGGUACGGGUCAAGAGUCUGACGAAUGAACUUGCAAUGCUGAGACGAAGUCGUGGGUUGUCAGGAAACGGCGGGCCUUCUGGACGACGGAGAAGAUCUGCUUCGUCUGAUAGUGAAGCAGGUCGAUCUGGUGGAUACUCUGGUAGCAAACCUCGUUCUAACAGUGCAACUCGAAAGCCAUUUACUCCUUCAUCUGCUGGCGCACGUUUUCCACGAUUUAAUCCAACAGCUUAUGUUCAAGAUAAGCAGAGAAAGCAGAAGGAAGCAGACAUUCGUUUGGGACAAGGAAAGUCUCGGCAAAAGCCACCACAACCUCGUUCUCGAUCUAACUCCUUUGACAGGCAGCCAAGGUCCCAGGUACGACGGUCUCUAAUAUCAGACUCAUCGCCACCCAUUGGUAGCAGUGGAGCAGGAAGAUAUUACGGCUAUCAGAGGAGGACAUCUUCAGUUGGCAGUAGGAGUGGUCGUUCAUCUCGUGGAUCGUCAACUGACAGAAGUAGUAGCUCAUUAGUUAUAGUGGAGAGCACUCCGAGGGGUGCAAUAGCUACUAAGACGAGAAGUUCAAGGCCAACAGAAAGAAGUAGAGGCACUGCUUGGGCUAGUCCAGUUGAUGGUCCAAAAAGGUAUGGUAAACCAUCUGAGAAGCAUAGUAGGAAAGAACAGAAACAGUUGAAACGAGAUAACAGUGGUCGUUCAGCAGGUUCAGCAGAUCGCAGUCGGGAUGAUGAAUUUGUACGACGAUCGGCUGAAAUAAAUGAGAUUGACGCUCGUUUAAAUAAACUCAAACGAUUUAUGAAAUCAUCCUUGGAAUCAUAGGCACUGUAGUAUGUAAUUAUGGUCAAAUAAGGGCAUCCAGUUAGUGUCUUUCUUGUGUAUGUUGAUAUGGCCAAAUAAAUAUAUUGUACAAUGCUAUUGUAUUUUGUUUUUGUGUCACUGGAUUAACUGAAACUGGUUUACUGUGUUUUAU